AUGCCGCACCUAAAAGGAAAAGUGGCCAUCAUAACUGGUGCCUCGUCGGGCAUCGGCGAAAGCACGGCUAAGCAUUUCGCCUCCCUCGGCUGCUGGCUCUCCCUGACUGCAAGAAACACGGCGAAUCUGGAGAGAGUGGCCGCGGCUUGCUGCGCACAGGGGCUUCCUCGGGACAAGGUGCUUGUCGUACCUGGUGACAUAUCGGUGGAAAAGGAUGUCACAGAUGUGGUGCAGAAGACUGCGAAGCACUUCGGCAAAAUUGAUAUUAUCGUGAACAAUGCUGGAAUUUCCGUGGGAGGAUCUAUUCACAGUGCCUCUGUGGAAGAUUUUAACAGAUCGUGGAAGACGAACUUCCUUGGUCCGCUUUGCAUGAUCAAAAGCGCUGUGCCCUACUUGCGUCAAACUAAAGGUAGCGUCGUGAACAUUUCUACCAUCGGAUCACUCACUGCAGGGACCAGCAUCCUGCUCCUAGAUCCCAGCGCUCUGGCCACUCUUACACUGUUUCUGAACAGCCAGGCCCCUCCUGGCGAGUAUUACGCUUUCCAGCUGGACGUUCCCUUCCAUCACCCUGAACUUUGCGGACGUCGUUAUGUGCAAGCAGAUUUAGUUCAGAUCGGCCUGCCUUACGCUGUCAGCAAAGCAGCCUUGGACCACCUGACACGAUGCGCCGCACUAGGUUACGUCGAUGAUGAUUGCCUCCUUUCCCUUGGCAAGGACCAGAUGGGGGUGGAGGGUCGUGUCACCGACGGGCCUGUUCUGACGCUCGAGGAAAAGAAAAGUGCUAUUCACGCGCUGGGACGAGUGGCUACACCGGAAGAAUUGGCCCGCUGCAUCGCCUUCCUGGCAUCCGAUGACGCCGCGUUCGUCACGGGGAUAACAAUGCCCGUCGAUGGGGGCCUGCUCCUCCUGUCCAGUGUCUCGAAUUCCGCCCCAAAGGUGGAUACCCAGAAGACUGCGUGA